AUGAAUCGCUGUGAAGAACAUAGACUAGAAUUAGAAAGUUUCUGUCAGGCACAUGGUUCUUUGUGUUGUAGAGAUUGCGUAGCUUUGAAACAUGGCACAUGUGAAAACAUUCUACCUCUUGGUGAAGCAGUCGCAGGUAGCAAUAUAGACAGUGAAGUCACAGAUACGAUGAAGGUUCUAGAGACGCUAGUGUCGAAAUUUGAAGCGACAAGGAAUGAAGAAAGAGAGUCUCUUAGGAUGGUAGACACUCAGGGAAAAGAGUUGGAGAGAAAAGUGAAAAAGUUUCGACAAAGCGUAGACAAAAUGCUUGACAAGUUAGAGAUGUCAAUGAUAAUGAAGAAAGAUGAAUUAACCGGUGACGAAGUUAAGGUAAUAAAGCAAAGGCUAAGUGUUUGCGAAACGGCUGUAGACAACCUUAAAGAUGGUUUGCAGAAAAUGAAAGUGAUACAGAAAGGGAAAAAUGAGAAGAAGUCGUUCAUAGCAGUCAAUACAGUUAAGGUUCUAAAGAACAGGUAUGAAGAUAUUCUCGAAGAAAUCGUUGACGGAAAAGGUAAAUUUUCUCUUAAUUUCAUACCGAACACAGACCUUGUUCAAGCACUUGAUAGUUUAGGGUCCAUCAAUGUUAAAUCUACGAUACGUCCUGCCGAGAUUUCAAAAGACGUAGAUAAAGUUGAACCAAGACUUGCAAAAAUUGCUGAAAUAAAUGUGAGGGCACCGUGUGACACGUCUGUUUGCACCAUCUCUGGUUGCAUUCCUUUCAGCAAAGACAGGCUGGUUAUCGCCGAUGAAACAAACAGUACUGUUAAAGUUGUCGGUCCUGAAAGAACUGUAGUGUCGUGGAUUAAACUUGAUUACUCCCCUUGGGAUAUUGUAGCCAUGUCAGGAUCAGAGAUAGCUGUGAGGUGUAGCUACUCGGAGACGGAGGAAAAGAACAACAAAAUAUACAUUCUAUCUGUGAAUGAAGAAAUUAAGCAAAGCAGAUGCAUUGAAGUCGACGGACGCCCUAGAGCUAUUGCGUAUAAAGAUCCGAAAUUAUUCGUUGCUGUGUCUAGUAAUGACAAAAUUUUAAUUCUGGUUAUGAAUGAAAAGGACGGCAGCGUGUUAAAAACAAUCAAACCACGGAAAAAUAUUCUUAAAGAACCGCAGUACAUUGCCAUUGCUUCAGAAAGAAAGACCAUAUUUAUAUCUGAUUUUAGUAAAGGGAUUACUGCAAUCACUUUUGAAGGUGCGGUUGUUUUUGAUCAUGCUAAAGGGAACACCUCCGAAUAUGGCGGGAUUACUAUAGAUGAUAAUGGAGAAGUGUUUGUGUGUGCAGGAAAGCCGUAUGGUAUCUAUCGGGUUGCUGACGACGGAAGUGGAAUGACGUCAUUUGUCACGUGGGAUUCAGACGACAUCGACCCUCAGGCGUUAGUCUAUUGUGAACACGAUAAAACGUUUGUGGUUACGUCUUGUAAUUCGGAUAAGGCGUUAGUUUACGCUUAUAUCUAA